AUGUUUUACGACCUAAAUGUCGACUAUAACCCGUCGACCAGCGAUGCUGAUCUGUCCAAGACGCUGGCCUUUCUCAGCGAAUUAGGAUACAAUGUCAUUGCCUUGAACCAUACCAUCUCUGGCAGGCUACCAUCAGACCUCUCUUGUGUCAUUCCAGAUCCUCUGCCAUUUAAAACGCCCGCUUCUUUGACUAUCCUCCGUCGCUGCACUCUGAUCUUGUCAGAAUCAGCCACCAACAACCGCCUAGGCGCCCUGGCAAACAACUACGACAUCCUCGCCUUGCGUCCCGUCGAUGGGAAGACCUUUCAACAUGCCUGCAGCACCGCUGAUUGUGAUUUGAUAUCCCUCGACUUCACCCAACGCUUGGGUUACCACUUCAAGUUCAAGACUGUCUCCGAGGCUGUCAAGCGCGGCGUCCGCUUCGAAAUCCCAUACAGCCAGCCUUUGUUGGCUGAUCCUGCUGCGAAACGGAACCUGAUCAGCAACGCGACCGGCUUGAUUCGCGCAACCAGAGGCGGUCGUGGUAUAAUAAUCAGCAGUGAGGCCACCAAGGCUGUCGGCUGCCGCGCACCCUGGGACGUUGUCAACCUCGCUGCCAUCUGGGGUCUGGCGCAAGACCGUGGCUAUGAAGCUGUCAGCAAAGAAGCUCGGAGUGUGGUUGUCAGUGCCAAGCUGAAGAGAACCAGCUUCAGAGGCGUGGUGGAUGUCGUAUAUGGGGGCGAGAAGCCCGCAGGGAAAGAGCAACAUGAAAAGCAGGGCCAGAAAGACAAGACCAGGGUUGCCCUUCUCAAGGAAAACAGUGCGAAGAAGAGAAAAGCUGACGAGGUCGAAGACACUCCAACAGAUGGCUCGGAAAAGCCCAUCUCAAAGCGAGAGCAAAAGAGAAGAGCCCAUAAGGCUAAGAUGGAGAGCCUAGGUCAAACUACAGCUCCCUCUUCAUGA